AAUGCGAAACUGACGCCAUUAAAAGCUCACUUCUCGCCGGUUGUCACCGCACAUCACCCCAAAAAUGGCGCCCGCGUGGCAAGAAGUUGACCACGCUCGAAUAGAAAAACGAUGCGAGCUUGUGCUAAGCGGCGCGGAAAUAUCGAAAAAGAUCGAAGAGGACUCUUUCGACGUCUCCGUGUACACUCUUUUUCACCUCAAUUUUUUAGAGGUUAGCCAUACGUGUCUGACGGCGAUGCCCGAUGGCAUCGCUCGUCUUGUCAACCUCACCCGACUUGCGCUGAAUGCGAACCAGCUUUCGAAGUUACCUCCCGAUUUGGGCAAACUCCGCAAGCUGAAGUUCCUCGACGUCUCAAGCAACUUUCUCGAGGAACUACCUGUCGAGCUGUCCAACCUCGGAGAACUGCAAAGCUUCAAUGUGAGCAACAACCGGCUCACGACGUUCCCCGACGAGUUUGCCAAGCUGACGCGCCUCAUCGUGUUAAACUUUUCCAGGAAUCAGCUUGAGGAAUUUCCCUCAUUUCUUUCUGGGGAGACCCGGUUCGAACAACUGUCCGAGCUUAUAGCCAACAGCAACCGCAUAGAAACGCUGCCGGGCAAGCUAUCCAACACCCUGCCGUCGCUCAAAUUGUUCGAUCUCGCUAGCAACUCUGUGAAGCAGGUUCCAGGUGAAAUUGGAGACAUAGGCAAGCUUAAGGAGCUCCUCCUGAAAGAUAAUCCGCUGAGUGACAAGCGCCUGAAGAAGUUGGUCGAACAGUGUCACUACAAGCAAGUCCUAGAAUACGUCAAAAGCCACUGUCCGCGAGAGUCGAAAGGCACGGGACAGGACAAGUCCGGUGCGUCCAAGAAAGGAAAGAAGAAAGGAACCAGUGCGCCCGUCGACGUCCAGGAGGUCCAGAAUGCCUUCGAAGUUCUCCAACUGAGUUCCCAGAGCCCCACGGUGAUAGUAACCGACGCUGUGCAGGAAGUGAGGCCUUACAUCGUCUGCUGCAUCAUCCGGAACGUCUAUCUUGACCGAGACAACCGACUUCGCAAGUUUCUUGCUCUCCAGAACAAAUUACACGACACCAUUUGUGUGAAGCGAUCCGAGGCUACGAUAGCUACUCACGACCUUACGAAAAUAACUGGGAAUGUCUACUACGAUGCCAUUGAGCCAGACAAGCUAAAGCUUAUACCACUGGGAAGAAAGCAGGAGGUGAGCGGCAAAGAGCUGUAUCGGCAAAUGACAGAGGAAGCAGAUGCCCUGCGCAAGGAGAAGAAGCGAAGCACCUAUCCGGGAAUAUACAAGUACUUGUACCUGCUCAAGGACAAGGCCCUGUACCCUUUCCUGAGAGAUGAAUCGAAGUUGGUCAUCUCCUUCCCACCAAUGACAAACAGCGACGGAACGAGGAUCUGUGAGCAGACGCGGGAUGUGUUUGCGGAAGUGACCGGCAACAACCUUCCGUUCUGCAAGAAGGUGAUGGAUGCCCUGUUAGCCGAAAGCCUUCAGCUCGGCCUAGGCAACGAGGAGACUCUCUCAGAGGCGGGAAGUACUGGUGACAGUGGCGCCACUACACAUAGGCUUCAGUUGGAGAAGGUCAAAGUAGUGGACAAGGACGGAAACCUGCGUGUUGUGUACCCUUCCAAGACAGACCUCGCCUGCCCGGGAAUCGUUGUCGAGCAGCGGUCCGAGUGAAGUCGAUCACGCAUUUUUGGGGAAAGGGGCGGGGGGCGGGGCUCUACUGCCGCUGUUCCAGAAAUGGACUGGUGUGACGUUCCUGGUGCCCUGUGGGCAUCUGGCUAUUAAAAGUGAUAGCAAGCAAAACAGAGGUUCACUGAAAGCUCAAAUCUUAUUAAAGUGAUAACAGUGGUCAAACAAGGGCUGUCGCUGGAGCUGCAACAAGGGUGCUUCUCCAUGGACAUUCCUUGCCCAAACCAUGUUAAAAAUUUGGAUUUUUAAAGGGACACUAAAGGAAAAUAUUAAGUGGAGUUACACCAACAGAUUGUUCGUCUAGAAGUCGAUCACAGUCUUUUUUUGUGCCAAUACGUGACCUUGGUGUGUUUGAAAUCGCUACCAAAGGUCCCACUGUUGCUCCUCAAUGAACCUUUACAGAAGUGCACAAGUACCAUUAGUGCCGGCCGCACUGCUGAUAGUUAGGCACAAGGCAUUGUUGGAAAAGGGGGCACAGGGCCACACGUGGCUAGGACACUGCAAGCAAACCGAACGCGCCAGUCAUCAGUGGGCAUGGUGGCCACCGCUCUGACUUCCCCUACUGCCUUGUGGCUGCUGCUGACAGUGCGCACGCAUUUCUAAAGAGGUCCAUCUGAAUCGCCUGUGCCAAACCAGAUGAGUUGACAUAAUCUCCACAUGACCGCCUUCUCUGCUGCUCUCUCUAAAUGAGCCAGUGCCGAUUUCACAUGAGGUAUUGUGGUCCAAAAUAGAUGGCGCCACUCUAACUUUCCAUUUUCUCAUUUACAAAAGCACUGUUCUUGCUAUGAGUGAUCAGUUCAUUACUACAGAAGCCUAAUUUUUUUUAUCUAGCUCGACUUAAUAUUUUCUUUUAGCACCCCUCAAAACAUUUUGCUCGCUCAUCAUAAUGCUACAUGUAUACUGAAAAAAGAUCACAAUGCCUGAGGUCAAAAGAACAUGGUUGUGUUGUCCGUGGCAUGAGAUUCGGGAUUCUUGCGCCGACAGGGAGAGGAAAGAGAGGAUUGGAUGUUUGGGGUGACUUAUGCUUUUGGUGUAUAGCCAUGAUGUCAGGGUGUGUAGCAGAGGUCAGGAAGGUGGGCAGGGUGAAGUGGAGAGUUGCUUCAGUGCUAGAACAUUUCCUGGAAUUUUCAUAGUCCCUAUAACACCAAACAAAAAGAAAUCAGGUUGGUGCAGGCUGCAGGCAUCCCCAGAAAUGGUGGCUACGCUACUGCACGGAAUGCUGAAAGUUACAUGGCAGUGCUUGGCUGUCUGCAGUUCCAAAAACAAACAUCUUUGCAGCGAAAGCCAUAGUAUGCUGCCUUUCAAUGUACAGGAGAACCUUGUUGACAGUUUCCUGUUUGUUGUGUUUGCCCAGCUUUUACGCCCUGAAGUGCAGGUCCUGUUUAGUUCACACAGCAUGGUGUGUAUUAGUUUUUUAGCAUGGUGUGUAUUUGCAUUUUAUGUUUCCCUUCCCGGUUGUUGCGUCCAAAAACUACAAUGGCCCACCACUGACAUCAUCGGCAGGGCUUAUGUUAACUGCCACUGUUGUGGCUUUUGAUACCUUGUACAAUUACUGAGACACGCACGGCUACGUUGAAACUGAAAAAGUGGCCGUUAUUAUUGAGCAUUUGACACAAAUGCAACAUAAAAAUUGCAAGCUUCAUUUUGUGUGAUUCAUGGCUACGAAUGCUCAUAGAAAGUCUUUAACAUUCAAUCUAACUGCUAGGCAGCGAUAGUGAGAUUUAUAUAGUAGGCUUUCAAUUGUUUGCUGGCUUCAAAUAAAGUUGUGUGUGGUGAUAGCUGUUUGCCUCAUCUGUAGUGCUGCCACAGCAUUACCAGAUGUUAUGUUUUCCUGGAUCACUUUUCUCAUAGUCCCCCUAAGAAUCUAAACGGUGUUCUACUGUACUUACAUGUAGCAUUCAGGAGCGCUGUAAACCAGGUUCACUGGCACAUUAUUUUUCUAUUUAAUUUUAGAGAACAGCUCUUAGGCGCUUUUUGCUGCAUUGAGCCUCGGCAUAACCGAGCAAACGAACACAGCAAAGGAUGAAGGAGCAAAUGCGGAGCUUAAUGGGGGAUGAAAGACAGCGAUAGCAAAGAGAGCCCAAGGAGGAAGGCUGAAAAGGAGAGUGCAACAUAACCGUGAGACGAAACGCGGAGAAGGGUAUGGCAAAAGUGUGAGAAGAAAAGCAUAGUCACACGCAAGAUGUGUUCUGCGGCGACGACCGCUACGAGGUGGCACCAGAGUAGCGCGCGUCAUCUGUUUACGGGUGAUGCCGUUGAUAAGGCAUGCGACAAGUGCGUCCACCGAUACCAUGUAUGGAAACAAAGCGCUGCGUGAACGGAAGUCUGUCUGCCGCAGCUGCUGUGAAUCGUGCCCACGCGCUGCCUCUUGCGAUCUCCCGAUUAGCGAGGCAGUCGCACCACACUUCGUUCCGUUUGCAACGUGCCGCACGAGACACAUUGUCCCACGCCAGCCAAUAUAUAGCGAAAUGAAAACACGUUUGCAGCUGCAUUCAAAUCUCACAUUAGGGGUAUUAUAAUCGUUGGUUGCAUUCAAAUUUCACAUUAGGGAGUAUUAUAAUUGUUGGUUAAUUCUUUUAUUAUGGAUUUUAUGCAAAGGAAUAAGAAACUGAACCACUUCUGUCUGCUUUUUGUACUGUACAGAUACCUUAAUGUUUCUUUGUAUUUUGUGAGAUAUAGAACAAGAAAGUUCAGCAUGAGAACUAUGAUCAUAGUUGUACCUUUAUAGCUGAGUGAAGAAGCCUGCUUUUGAAAUUUCUGGUGUCAUCUUCUCCACAGUGCUGCCAGGUCACGUUUAUAAGUUCUGUCUAUAUGUGAUGCCUGCUUUUCUAUUGGAUUAAUACACACUAGUUUUAAUACAAGCAAUGAAUGUCUCAAGCUUGCGUCUAUUCCGGCUGUCGAAAGUAGUAUUUCAUGGUGACUGGGCCAGGAUAUUGCUUAUACUGUGCUCACAAAAUGAAAUGUGACAGGGAAACUGCGUAGAACUCUUUAUACAUGCAAUCACUCGAUAGUACCAUGUCCACCUGCUGUGGUUGCUUAGUGGCUCUGGUGCUGCUAAGCGCGAGGUUGCGGGAUCGAAUUCCAGCCAUGGGGGCGAAAUGCAGAAACACCCGUGGUGCUUAGAUUUAGGUGCACAUUAAUGAAACCAGGUGGUACAAAUUAUUCCGGAAUCCACCACUAUGGUGUGCCUCAUAAUCAGAUUGUGGUUUUGGCACGUAAAAUCCCUUAAUUUAAUUUUUUAAUAGCACCACGUUCUGUCACAAUGAAUUGCUAAAGGUGACACGAACUCUGAUCCUAGUGUACGGUUUGAAAUUAUGCCGACGUUGCAAGAACUGCAGACACUGGUAACAAAAGUAUGCAUAUUAGUUUGCACUAAAUUGAUGUAUUUCAUUCUGUGAGCACUGUAAGUGGCUGGGACAGCGCAAUGCAAACCUGCUUAGAAAGGCAUGGGCCAGGCAGAAACGGAUGUGCAUUUCACUUUUUGGCAUGAGUGGAAGUACCUGCCUUAAACUUUAAGUACGCUGAAAGAUAGAACACUUCUUUCACCGGGUGACAGCCUUAAAGAAAGAUCAGAAGUUGUGUGUGCUUUUGAGCAUAGUGGUGACACUGUCUGCAAAAGGAGAGACACUGGUCACUAAUUGAAGAAUUAUGGGUUGAAUGUUGGCAGAUGUACAAACAACUUUUGAAACUGCAUAGGCACAUUGAACACAAACAAGCUGCACACACUCAUUGUCUGAGAAGUGUUGUGUUUCAGGAAAACCGCUUCCUUCCUCCUUUAAAAGUUGUCUGCCUGUACAAUUUACGGUGUGUCAAACCACAUUUGCCAUGCCAAAGACUGUGGAGGACAGGCAGUGAUGCCAUUUAGACUUCUAAUAACUUCAGAUUUUUAGUCAUUGAUCAAAAGAUAGUUGGAUCAAAUUUUCAGUUAAGUUUAAUCUUCACUGCAUCCACUAUAGCUGCUAACUGAAGGCAUUUUCUGCAGCUUAUGACAUAUAAAGCAGGCCUUAUGCACGUUUCUCUGGACACUGGCUGAUUGCAGUAAUUAAAUUCAUUCUUGGUUUCUGUGGGAUACACCUGCCAUGGCAGUUCUGCAUGAUGCUUUUGUUGGUUCUUUGCGGUGUCUUUAAUUUUAGCUCUUCUGGGUCCAUAUCUACACAAGUUUUGUUCUGUAAAUGCCUUUUGCGACUGGUCAUCGACGCAGUGCUUGUAACCACAUCAGUCGUAAUCCUGAGUGGCAGGAAACUCCAACACCAUCCAAUCAGGAAAUUCUUUUUAAGACCAACUGCAAUGAAAUGUCAGACUGUGUACUAAGUUUAGUUUCAAAUAGUCUAUUAUAUAGUGCUACUUCCACUACCAAUUUGUUGACUGAAGCCGAAGUGGAUGCAUCACAGAAAGAGAAAUUUAAUUCUUUUUCUUAUCUUUUUUUUUUUUAAGUAUUCAUAUCAAAACUGUCUUAAGGUUUGCUGGAAAUUAUGCAGAACCUUGACCAUGGAGAACUUCUGUGGCUUUUGGGCAUGGCCUUGAAGAUUGCAGCACCGACAACAUGCUGAAAAUCUGCUAACCUACCUAUGUACUUAUCACCUGUUUACAUGAGACAAUUAGACAGCUACCAGCCUUGCAGCAUUGCCGAAAUUGAUUCAAUGGUGUAUCUGAGCACUUAUAAUCAGUUUAACCAAAGGGAACUUUCAGUGCAGUUGACUUUCUAGUAAGGGACAUCUUUUGCAUAAAGACUCUGUUGUACACAUCAUUUGUAUUGUGGAAAGGGUAGACCGAAAGACACCAGGGGCUGCUUUCUUAAAUGGUCACUUUUGGGACUAUACAUUCACCUAUGCGAGAUUUUUCACAACUAGCGCCAAACACGUUGGCACCUGUGAGUGACAGUAUUCUCAGCACAGAGCCUAGGAUGCUAUUACCGGUGUAUGCUGAUGCUUCCAGUGAGUGUCACCACACGUGAUCAUUCAAGAGCACCACCUCAGGGAUAGGUGCUUUCUCGUGCUUACUUGUUUGCCAUUCCUUGAAUCAGUGUAAAAAGAGAGUAGAGCUGGAAUAAGAAGAAUGGCGCAUUUGCAGAAGGCUAUCGUAAUGGCACAACCAUGUGGCUGCUAAAAAUUCCUUUCUGUAUGUACUGGGCGUGUAAGAUUGUUGUGGUAUUUCUUCAGAGCCAAAAUGCAAUUGCCCUUUUGCAAGUGGAACAACUUGUGUUCAACUAGGAAAGGCAGCUGAUCUACAUGUUGCAUUGAUGAGGGCUUUGAAAUGGACUACUGCUUUUACUGAACUGCUGUGAAAAGUGAACCUUAAUUUAUUGAAUGUGUUAGAGUGCCAGUCAUCUUUGUUCUUUUCGAAGCACUGUUGAUUGAAGAAAUAAAAACGAAACACUUGCAUUGUA